ACAUUCUAAGAUUCUGCUAAUUAUGCUGGCAUGAAAGGGUCAGAAUGGGAGGGCCCAGUGCUCGGGGCUGGGCAGGUUCCCUGAGCAGGAUUAUCCUGUCUAGUCCGGUACCCAAAGGGGGAGAGGAGCCAUGUGCUGGCUGAGGGCAUGGAGCCAGAUCCUCCUGCCCGUUUUCCUCUCUGUAGCUCUCAUCCAGCUGAUUUUCAACUUAUCUGACCAUAAGACUAAGACCCACCAUCACUGGAAGCGGAAAAUUGAAGCAAAAUACGUUGAAAAGGAAUGUGCUCAAAAGGGAACAUGUCCAGUGUGUACUCGAGAUAAGAGAUGUAUUUGGUGCCGAGAAGAAAAGGUUUGCAAAAAGUACUGUUUUCCAUAUUCUGACUGUAAAUUCAAUUCUAUAUUUUGGGCAAACUGUAAUGUUGACCUGUUUGGAAUCAUGAUGCUGAUACUGAUUGUAAUAUUAGCACUAGCAUUCCUCUGGUAUUGCCUCGCCUAUUACUUCUACAUGCAACAGCAGAUGGCCCUUUAUGCAACACAUGGACAAGUUCCUGUCUACAACUGGAAUGCUCCAGGUGACUGGUGACCUGUAACUGGGUUCUUCAGAGGACUGUCGCCUUGGGCUCCCACUGUGAUUUUAAUGAUGCCUACAAACUCUUUGAGAAUGAUUGAACAUCACAAUUCCUUUAAAUUAAAAACCUUGAAUUC